UGUCAGGAAGUCCCUCCCUGAGUCACACCUAAGGCUUACAGAGGGUUGCUAGAGGGGCCCUAGAGCUGGGGUUGCUGUGGGAGGUCCUGAUACUGGGCCCUGUGGGAGCCAUCUCUCCCAGGUCCUGCUUCUCUUAGCCAUGGCUCCCAAGCGCAAGCCCCCUGUGCAGCGUGAGGGUCCUGAGAAGAAGAAGAAGAAGGGACAGCAGGGGACAGAGGAGGACAGCUUCCAUUCCACUGCCGAGGCCCUCAGGGCUGCACCCAAAGAGAAGCGCGUCGUCCGAGUGGACCCCUCGUGUCCACUCAGCCACAGCUCGGGUACUCAGGUGCAUGGAGACUAUGACUGCACCCUGAACCAGACCAACAUCGGGAACAACAACAACAAGUUCUACAUCAUUCAGCUGCUGGAGGAGGGGGGGCGCUUCGCCUGCUGGAACCGCUGGGGCCGAGUGGGAGAGAUGGGCCAAUCGAAGCUCAGCUACUUCUCAUUACUGGAGGAUGCAAAGAAGGACUUUGAGAAGAAAUUUCGGGACAAGACCAAGAACAACUGGGCGGAGCGGGACCACUUUGUGGCCCACCCUGGCAAGUACACACUGAUCGAAGUGCAAGGAGAGGACGAGGCCCAGGAAGCUGUCGUGAUGGUGGACGGAGGCCCAGUGAAGACUGUGGCUCAGCGGGUGCGGCCCUGCUCCCUGGACGCAGCCACACAGAAGCUCAUCACCAACAUCUUCAGCAAGGACAUGUUCAAGGAUGCCAUGGCCCUCAUGAACCUGGAUGUGAAGAAGAUGCCCCUGGGAAAGUUGAGCAAGCAGCAGAUUGCACGGGGCUUUGAGGCCUUGGAGGCGCUGGAGGAGGCCCUGCGAGCCCCCACAGACGGUGGCCGCAGCCUGGAGGAGCUAUCCUCCCACUUCUACACCGUCAUCCCGCACAACUUUGGCCGCAGCCGGCCACCACCCAUCAACUCCCUGGAGCUUCUGCAGGCCAAAAAGGACAUGCUGCUGGUGCUGGCGGACAUCGAGCUGGCCCAGACCCUCCAGGCAGCCCCUGAGGAGGAGGAGGAGGUGCCAGAGGUGCCACACCCCCUGGACCGAGACUACCAGCUCCUCAAGUGCCAGCUCCAGCUGCUGGACCCAGAGGAGACCGAGUACAAGGUGGUCCAUACUUACUUAACGCAGACUGGCAACAACUACAGGUGCCCUGCUCUUCAGCAUGUUUGGAAAGUGAAGCGAGAAGGGGAGGGAGACAGGUUUCAGGCCCACUACAAGCUGGGUAAUCGGAAGCUCCUGUGGCAUGGCACCAACGUGGCUGUGGUGGCCGCCAUCCUCACCAGUGGGCUCCGCAUCAUGCCACAUUCUGGCGGCCGCGUUGGCAAGGGCAUCUACUUUGCCUCGGAGAACAGCAAGUCAGCUGGCUAUGUUACUGGCAUGUCCUGUGGGGCCCACCACAUCGGCUACAUGUUCCUGAGUGAAGUGGCACUGGGCAGAGAGCACCACAUCACCAGUGAUGAUUCCAGCCUGAAGCAGCCACCUCCCGGCUUCGACAGCGUCAUCGCCCGAGGCCACACAGAGCCUGAUCCAACCCAGGACACAGAGCUGGAGCUGGACGGCCAGCGAGUGGCAGUGCCCCAGGGCCGGCCCGCGCCCUGCCCGGAGUUCAGGCAUUCCUCCUUCUCCCAGAGCGAGUACCUCAUCUACCAGGAGAGCCAGUGCUGCUUGCGCUACCUGCUGGAGGUGCGCCUCUGAGCGCCC